AUGGAUCAAUCAGGAUCUGCUGUGAAGAAUCAUGUGGAGAAACUUGAGAAAUUCAAGGGUUCGGAUUUCAAACAUUGGCAACAGAAGAUGUUGUUCUAUUUGACAACUCUUCAUGUGGCAGAUGUUCUCACGACCGAGGCUCCAAAGGCUCUUCCCGAAGGAGAUGGAGAGAAUGUUCCAACUGAUGUUCAAAGAGCCGAAAAUCAGAAGGCCAUUGUUGCCUGGGCUAGCAAUGAGUUUCUGUGCAGGAACUACAUUCUUAAUGCCUUAGACGAUUCCCUGUAUGAUAUCUAUUCAUCAUUCAAAACAAAGAAGCCACUCGCCCCACAAAAGACUAAAGCCUUCAAAAAACCACAAACUGGUGGAUGUUGGGUGUGUGGCAAACCUGGGCAUAGAGCAAAAGAGUGUUACUUCAAGAAAGAUCAAGGAGGUGGUGGUUCUGGAAAUUCCAACAACCAAGCUAACCUUGCUGAAACUGAAAAUCAAUUCAUUGGAGUGGUUUAUGCAGCAAAUCUUGUAACUAAUUCAACUGAUUGGUGGAUUGAUACCGGUGCUUCAAUGCACGUAUGCUCUGCAAGGGAGAUAUUCACUUCAUACCAGCCAAUCAAGGAAGGAGAACCUUUGUUCAUGGGGAAUGCCACAACUACCAAAGUUGAAGGAAAAGGAAAGGUGAUUCUGAAAUUCACUUCUGGAAAAGAACUUGUACUUACUAAUGUACUUCAUGUGCCUGAAAUAUGUAAGAACCUAGUGUUUGGUCCUGUUCUAAGUAACAAGGGAUUCAAACUAGUGUUCGAAUCUGACAAAUUUGUACUCACCAAGGGUGGGGUGUAUGUAGGAAAAGGUUACCUUAGUGAAGGGCUCUUUAAACUAAAUGUUGUACCUACUAUGGUUGCUGUUAUUAAUAAUAAUAAUGCAGGCACUAGCGCUGCUUCUAUGUACAUGGUCACUCUCACAAAUCUGUAG